AUGACUUCGGGAUACGAGCAUGCCUGCGAUCCUUUGCGCACCAUCGAGGACCCUUGCGAUGCAUCGAUCGAGCAGUUGCUGAGAAAUGACGACGUCGUUCGUCUUGCGAAUGAAGGAGCAGAGCUCAAUCAGAUUGUCCAUUGGCUCGUGUUCGCUGUGCAAUCAUUGUCUGCACGGCAGCCGGCGGCCGGCACGUUGAGUGCGCAGCAGAGCUCAAUCACGGCUACGCCAUCACUGGGCCGAUCCCGAAUUAGGACUAAGGAGCGGUCCACGAACUCAGCUGGUAAUGAAAUGGAGCAGCAUGCGCACGCUGCCAAGUCAUGGCUAGCGCACCCGGACGAUGUCUACUUGCAGCACUAUGGCAGCCUGAACCUCCAGGGCGGUCAUGUCCUCCCUCCAGACCCGAGAGCUGAACGCCCAGCGGACUUGUUUGUUCAUGAUGCAGCGGCAUUGGAUCCACACGUUACGUCGUACGGGCCUACAACGCAUGUGCCAGCUCCGUAUGGCGCCCACGUAGUGUCAGACGACUGGGCCCUGAGCGUUAAUGCUGGCUCGUCAGCCGCCUCUUACGCCCAAACAUCCUCGGCCGACACAAGUCAUUCUGAUGCAUCCACGCCGAACCGCAGACUGAGCUUCUCCGAUGCCGUCCCACUUGACUAUGCGCCUCAGAGCUCGCGUCUCGAGCAAGCCUAUUAUCCGCCCGCACUGAUUCGCGCGGAUCCUCCUUAUGCGCAUACGUCGCUACUGCAACAUCAUUUUGCCAAUACUGAUCGGCAGAAUGCGAUGGACUCACACGAACAUGUUUAUGGCAACCAGCGGCCCACGAGCGGCCGCUCGAAUGGGCUGCUACGCCCGCGAUCUAGUGACUAUGAUCCCUACCCGCAAGUCAUCCAGAGGAUAAAAGACACCGAAGAGCUCCCAUCUCUGUCAUCCCAUAGUCCCUUUGCCCAACGCUAUGCGCAAUAUGGCGUGCCACAAGGCCCGACGUUGCCACCUCAGCUGUCUUACGAAGCCUCGCCGCAGCCAUAUCAUUACCCUCCCGUCAGUAGAGGCUUGCCUGUACAUAAUCUGACGCGACCAACCCAUGAAAUGUCGCCGACGCCAUGGCAUCGGUUCGAUGAGCGCAGUCAGUCGGCGAGAUUCGAAGCCAAUUUCCAAGCAGAGACAGCUCGAUUGUCGGCCCUUGCUAGCGCAGCAGCUUCGCCGAGACCUCCCUCUGCAAAGGGGAUGGAGACUCAGGGAGACAUGUCUCGCAAAGGCAAAGGACGUCUGCCCACCAGAGAGAUCAAUAUCUCUUGCCUGGCGUGCGGCGUGGGCUUCUGCUCUCUGUUGAUACGCGGCACUGCAGCAGACAUAUCAGCGCCCUUUCAGAAUGAUUACUGUUGCUCGGCCUGCCUUUCACCAGGCGACACGCCUGCAGAUACCCCAGCAGAGCCCGAGGCUCCUCUCGCGCGCGAUGAGCUGCAGCCGCAUCACUUCGCGAAACACAAGGAUGAUGUGCCCCUUGUCACUGGUUCACGAUCGUCGACGAAGAAGAAGAGCAAGCGGACAAAUGGCUCAAAGGAGAAGCUUAGCUGCGAUGUGUGCACCCGCGCUAUCGGUCAAGGUUGCUUGUACAAGGAGAACGGCGAAAGUAUCACGUUUACCCUCGAGACAAUUUGCACACGCUGUCGGUCGCUUUAUCAGCGCUGCUCGGAUUGUGGAGGAGGAGGGGGCGCGAGUAGGAGUGGCAGAUGGCGAGCCAAAGAACUCUUCACUCCAGGCAAGAAGACCUGUCUUCUCGGUCAUCAGCGCUAUGCGCACAUGACCGACAUCGACUAUGAUAUUCUGCCCGUCAACCAUCUUCUGCAGCAUCCCCGUGAUCAUGACUAUCUUCUCGACAAAUGCCAACGCAUUUUCAAACAAGCUCUUUGGGCAGCACUGGCAGUGCCAGAAAUGCUCGAAUCAGGCUUAGCAAAGGCGACGACAUUCGAAGAAGUGGACAUGAUGGCUACAGAAGGCUGGAAACAUGUCUCGACGACCUUGCGCAUCGAUAUCGAGUCUGCCGAACGUAGGCGAAGGUAUCUCGGCUUGCGCUGGUCUCGGCGCAAUCCUCGCAAGACAGGCCGCAACAAAGGCGGCGAGAAUGAAGCCUUGCCUUACGAGGGAACACUCUACGUUCGACCUGACCGUGAUCUGAUCGGAUUCAAUCAGGGCGAAUGGGACAUUACCUAUGGCACUAUCUUUGUUGCCGUCUCGAUACCCUGGGCGACAGGCGAUUCUUUCCAUAGCGCAACGAUGCUCAUCGAGAAGCUCGUGCGCAAGUGUCUCGCGGACCGCGAAGCUCUGAUUGCAGACCUGACUCGCGAGGGUAAGGUCCAGGAAGCCGAAGCCAUACCGCCCAUUAAUCAUACAUUCACGAUGCUCUUCUUCUCGCGAGACUCACGCACGGUCACAUAUCUGGAACGCCGCCGAGGCUUCGUGCCACUCAAAACUUAUCUCGAGCAAAACGCCGACGCUAGGCCGGAGGCAUUUCCACCUCAGAGGCCGAUAUAUAUACCGCCCCAGGCUCAGGCCGGCUGGCAGCUCAUCGUUAAGCGUCAAAACGAUGCUACAGUCGCAGACUGGGACCGCCGCAUGGGUAUGGAAAGCACAGAGCUUCAGCAUGGCACGUCUCGCAAAGCAGCGCUGUUUCGGCAGCAGCAGGCCGAAGAAGCAUCAUUGCCUCGUGAUACACCAAUAGACGCAAGUGCUUGAUUUCUUGUUGUAAGGGCACACAGGGAUUACCAUCGACUGCUUCAUGCAAUUUGCUGCCUUCUAUAAUACAACACGACAUCGCCAGGUUGCUUCUGGAAAAAUGCUCUGACUGCGCCGAGAGUCGCGGUAUAAGGGACGACCUUGCCGCUGCAAAGCACCUCAAGACCAUUAUGCGGCUGGCUUUGUACUCCGUCGUUUCCUUCUGCACCUGAUUGGGUGCGGGAGGCU